AUGGCAUGCAUGUGGCGUAAGAAUGCCUGCAGCGGGAAGAAACUGCCGUCAGACGUACCGCGAGGUCACUUGGCCGUGACAGUAGGAGAGACAAACAGGAGGUUUGUGAUAAGAGCUGACUACCUGAACCAUCCAGUUCUUCAAGAACUGCUAGACCAGGCAUACGAAGGAUAUGGCUUCAACAAGAGUGGUCCUCUGUCUAUACCUUGUGAUGAGUUCCUGUUUGAAGAUAUUCUUCUUUCCCUUGGAGGAGGAACAGUCGCACGACGAUCCUCUUCCCCUGUGCUCACAAAAAAGCUAGAUUUGAGCUUUUUGAAAGACGCUGUACCACUACUUGAAGCCUUUGACAGCAAAAGAAGCAACAACUACAAGAAUUAA